GAGACAGGAGCAUUUACUUGCCUUAGAUGCCUGCAGGUUCCGCUCUGACGCAACGUUGCAGGUGCAAAGGCGUUGAACCACUGAUAGAUCAUGGGUUAGGAUCCAGGACCUUGCGCCGAGAAAUGCUAGCGCUUACAGAAUGAUAUAAAGCCAAGAGAUGACUCCCUGACGGUCACUCCCAAGUCCAAAGACUCCAAACAGACCUCAAUCCAGGUUGCUCCAUUGGUUAUCGGUUGAUUCGAUAUUCGAUCCAGGCAAGGAACUUGACAAGCAUCACAGGCAUCACAAUCUGCAGUGGCAGUGGUGUUCAAAUAAUGGCAUACGACCCUGACUCGGGCUUCUAUCUGGGACCGCUCCCCAAGAGCAUCACGGGAGGCUGUCUCUGCGGAAAGCUCGGAUACAGGAUCGAUUUCCCCAAGGACCAUGAUUUCGGAGACAGUAGCGGCACGUGUCAAUGCACGCAGUGCAGGAAGAGCACGUCUUCUCUUUUCUUCAUGUACCACAAGGUGCCCUACUCGUCCUUCACUUGGACCACGCCGACAGAAACCCUGAAGAACUACUAUUGCACAGAAGGCAGGGCGCGUGGCUUCUGUGGCGAGUGUGGGACCAGAUUGUACUGGCGCAACGAGACGGGUCCGAAUAUCAGCAUCGCGAUUGGCACGGUGGAUCCGCUCUAUCUGUUUGGGGAGGGCUGGGAGAAGACCAACGGCGAUGUCCCUCAGGGCGGAUUCGGGCGAGCUCUGGCAAGCGGCUGCGGGGGACACGAGUGGGUGCGCAACGAGAUCCCCGGGGUGACGGACAACCUGGAACUUGUGGGAGCGACUGGAAGAGGUGCGAGGUUUUUGGACGAGUAAACCUAAAUUCGGUGAACUUCAAGACCAACAUCAUUCCACAACUAUUUCAACCAAAAGGGGGAACUUUCUAUCCUGCAAAAGGACGGCAAACUUGGCUUUAACAACUUGUAUCUGACAGGCUGAUAAGAACUGACAAACAUAGGACAGUGAAGAUAGGCUCAUACUAUUCCUUAAUGUAAACAGCGAGGCGAGAAACACCGGCUACUUGGAUAACCACACUUGCCCCAUC